CAGAGUGACUGAUACAGUAAAGACUGGAGGUGUGGACUAUUGUAGCUUCAUAUGGGUAAGGAAAUGGUAAAUAAAAGAAACAGGUUCAUCAGGUAGACCGGAAUGGGGCAAACUUGCUCUCGUGGAUCUGUUUACUGUUACAGCGAAGUAAAUAUUUUCUCAAGACAAACCAAAGUUUGUAGACGUUCCUAAUCAACCACCUGGGUGACUGUGAGGCUUUGUGGGGACAUCAUGACAUCACCCAGAAAAACCUGGGCUUUCAGCUCCAUGCGCUCUAAGUCUAAACCAGAUGAAGGGGAAAGUAAUUUCAAGAGAAGAUUAUUUUCCUCUUUUAGAGGUGAACAUCGUGAACAAAGGUCUCAAGUAGCAGAAGAAGACGGCAUCACAGACCUAGACAAGAAACGAUCUUUCUCAGAUGGAGGAAUUGAGACCCGCAAAGGUGUCUUCCUUCCAGGUGAAGAUCAAGAUCAAGAGAUGGGAGCCAUGAAGAGGUUCAGUAGUAUAUUUUCGUCCUUCCGUGGGAAAAUCAGCAAAGACAGAACUUUAAAGGAACCAGAUGUCCAUAGCCCAGAGCUUGCUACCGUGGAAGAAAAGACCAAGGAGCAACGCUACUCAACUGGACAGUUUUUCUUCGACUAUCUGGUUGUGGUUAGUCCUAAGAAGACAAAAGAAGGGACAUAUGAACCACAGAUCAUCUACCAAUUCCCUAAGAAAGACGGAAUGGUUCGAUUUCAAAAGGAGGAGGAAGAGAAGACUUUAAAGGCUCUUACGUUGUUUUGUUUUCCAGAAGGUGUUAACUGGGCUCCAUUAACAGAAUAUCGCAGUGAAACAUUCUCUUUCGUGCUUACAGAUGUUGAUGGAACGCGGAAGAAUGGAUACUGUAGGAGGCUGUUGCCUGAUGGGAAGGGUGCUCGUCCACCUGAGGCGUACUGUAUCAUCAGUAACGUAGCCUGCUUUGGACUUUUUUCCAAGAUUUUUGAUGAGGUGGAGCAGCGGAGAAAAAUCUCUAUGGCAAUGAUCUAUCCAUUCAUGCAGAGUCUAAGAGAAUCUGCGUUUCCCGCUCCUGGACACACUGUUAACAUCAAGAGCUUCAUUCCAGAAAGAGGAACUGAGAUCAUCAGUUUAACUCGUCCGACAGACUCUUGGUUGGAGCAUGUGGAUUUCCGCAAACUGUUCAGUUGCCUGUCAGACGAGGAGGUGCUCGAUGUGUUCGCCGCUACAGUACUAGAGAGAAAAAUCAUCUUUAUCGCCGAAGAGCUUAGCACAUUAUCUCAGGUGAUCCAUGCUGUGGCUGUCCUCUUAUAUCCGUUCAUCUGGCAGCACACGCUCAUUUCCAUCGUUCCCGAGAUCCUGAUCGAUGUGGUCAUGGCACCGACACCAUAUCUACUGGGUGUCCAGAAACGCCUCGCAGAAUACGCCACUGACCAGACCGAGGUACUCAUUGUUGACUUAUCAGAGGGACGAAAGAAGACAUUUAUUAAGUGUAUGGGCGAUGAGGACUCAAUAUUACCGCACAAACUGAAAGAGGAAAUCAGGCAGGCGCUUGGUGCCAAAAAGGACAAAUCAAGUCUCGAGGAAUUAAACCAAGUCGUCCCAGAAGCCUUUUUACCAUUCUUUAUUAAAACUGUUGGCCACUUUGCAAAAUACAUCGUGCGGAGCGAAAAGGACAAGCGAGGCGAGUUCCAGCAGAGGAAUUUCUGUAAAGCCAUCGAAUCUAAGAGCACACGGCGAUUUGUAAAGAAGUUUGUACAGACACAAAUGUUCGACCUUUUCGUACAGGAGGUUGAGCAGAGACCCGCCUCUCAGGAGGGCACGGGUUUUUUUGAAAAAAAGAUCGCAGAAUACCAGAAAAAGAUGCAAGAGAGACCAAAGAAACAUUAGCUAAAGACUCACCAAAAGUCUGAUUGUAAAUCCGCUGUGAAAUAAAUCAAGUAGUAGUGUAAUUAUUUUAAAGAUUGUAAUGUUUUUUUUUUAUUUAUGAUUUUACUACUGUUGUCUUUGUGUUUUGGUCUUAAUGGGUGUUGGGGUAUUUGUGUAAUAAGCUGCUGUAUUUAAUGUAUGUUAGAUCUGUUUCAGCUUGAAGCUUUGGUAGUUUUUUGCAGAAGCUGAGCCACAGAAAACAUGCUAAAUUAAAGAAAUGUCUGUCCAUCUUAUAAAUAUACAUUUCAUCUUAUCGACAUUUCGCAAAUGACUGUAAAAGCACUGAAAGCUGUCAGAAUGUUUUUUACAAUAUUAAAAGACUUACAAAAACUG